CGCCCCCGCUGGGCCGGAGGGGAAGUGACGCUGCUGUCGGGAACAUGGCAGCAACGGCGACUGUCCCAUCGUCGGCUACGACCUCGGCCACGACGACAGCCACUGUAGCGGCUCUCGGGGAGGUGGAGGAUGAAGGACUCCUGGCGUCGCUGUUCCGGGACCGCUUCCCGGAGGCCCACUGGCGUGAGCGGCCCGAUGUGGGCCGCUACCUCCGGGAGUUGAGCGGCUCGGAGCUGGAGCGGCUGCGGCGCGAGCCCGAGCGCCUGGCGGAGGAGCGGGCGCAGCUGCUGCAGCAGACGCGCGACUUGGCCUUCGCCAACUACAAGACCUUCAUCCGCGGCGCCGAGUGCACCGAGCGCAUCCACCGUCUCUUCGGCGACGUGGAGGCGUCGCUCGGCCGCCUGCUCGACCGCUUGCCCAGCUUCCAGCAGAGCUGCAGGAACUUUGUGAAAGAGGCUGAGGAGAUCAGCUCAAAUCGACGGAUGAACACCCUGACUCUAAACCGGCAUACAGAAAUCUUGGAAAUCCUGGAGAUUCCUCAGCUCAUGGACACCUGUGUUCGGAACAGCUAUUAUGAAGAGGCCCUGGAGCUUGCAUCCUACGUCCGCCGACUGGAAAGGAAAUACUCUUCCAUCCCUGUCAUCCAGGGCAUUGUGAACGAAGUGCGCCAGUCCAUGCAGCUGAUGUUGACCCAGCUGAUCCAGCAACUGAGGACCAACAUCCAGCUCCCUGCCUGCCUCCGUGUCAUUGGCUUCCUGCGGCGCAUGGAUGUCUUCACCGAGGCUGAGUUGAGGGUGAAGUUUCUUCAGGCCCGAGAUGCUUGGCUCCGUUCCAUCCUGACUGCGAUCCCCAGUGAGGAUCCCUAUUUCCACAUCACAAAAACCAUCGAGGCCUGCCGUGUCCAUCUGUUCGAUAUCAUCACCCAGUACCGUGCCAUCUUCUCAGAUGAGGACCCUUUGCUGCCCCCUGCCAUGGGGGAGCACACUGUGAAUGAGAGUGCCAUCUUCCAUGGCUGGGUGCUGCAGAAAGUCUCACAGUUCCUGCAGGUGCUGGAAACUGACCUUCACCGGGGGAUAGGCGGCCGCCUGGACUCUCUGCUGGGCCAGUGCAUGUACUUUGGGCUGUCCUUCAGCCGGGUGGGGGCUGAUUUCCGGGGCCAGUUGGCUCCAGUUUUCCAGCGGGUGGCCAUUAGCACUUUCCAGAAAGCAAUUCAGGAAGCAGUGGAGAAGUUCCAGGAUGAAAUGAACUCCUACACCCUCAUCCUGGCUCCAGCCAUCCUGGGCAGCAGUAACCUGCCUGCUGCUGUGCCAGUCACUCAGCCAGGAACCCUGCAGCCGCCCAUGGUGCUUUUAGAUUUUCCACCCCUUGCCUGCUUUCUCAAUAAUAUUCUGGUCGCCUUCAAUGAUCUGCGCCUUUGCUGCCCUGUGGCCCUGGCACAGGAUGUGACUGGGACCCUGGAGGAUGCCCUUGCCAAGGUAACCAAAAUAAUCCUGGCCUUCCAUCGUGCUGAAGAGGCUGCCUUCAGCAGUGGGGAGCAAGAGAUUUUCGUCCAGUUCUGCACUGUCUUCCUGGAAGACCUGGUUCCUUAUUUAAAUCGCUGUCUCCAAGUCCUUUUUCCACCAGCUCAGAUAGCACAGACCUUAGGCGUUCCACCCACUCAGCUCUCCAAGUACGGAAACCUCGGGCACGUGGACGUCAGCGUCGUCCAGGAGCCUCUCGCCUUCAUCCUGCCCAAGAGAGAGACGGUCUUCUGUCUAGACGAGAAGGAGCUGGUGCCCGAACUCCCAGCCCCGGCCCCAGCACUCCCCGCCGAGGAGCCGCGCCUCGAGCCUGCCACUCCGGCCUCCCCUGAGGCGGGGCAGGAGGAGGAGCCUGGGUCGGCGGAGCCGCUGCCGCCCGACGCGCCCGGUGCGGGCCCCUGACGGGCCUUCCCGCCGCCGACCGGCGCGGUCCCCGGGCUCGGGCGCCGGGCUCCCGGCAGGGCCCGCUGGGAAGGAGCGCCGCCGCGGGUGUGGAGGCCUCGGAAAGCGCGAGUGCGUCCCAGGGGAGAGGCUGCCGAGGGAUUCAGGAGAGGAGACCGAAGGGGGAACCUCCGAGUGCUGCUUGUAAAAGGCUGAUUGUACGAUAAGAAAUGGAAUUCAAUAAUAAAGCUGACUGACGUCACCGA